UACACUUUUUUCUCCACAAUUAGGGCGUGACAAAUGGCAACACUUCAAUCAAGGAACAGAACACAAUGUGAAACCAGACUGUUCUCAUUUAUUUUCCAGCAAGUCAAAAAGUCAAACUCAAAAAGUCCUCUCUCGGUCAACUUUCUUCUUGGUCCCCAUCUUCACAAAUCACAACUCUUUUUAUUUCCAAAGACCAAAAACCUGAGAACACACCGGCGACCUGAAAAUGGAAACUUCCUGUUUUACCCUUCUCGGUCUCCUUGUCUCCCUCUCCUUCUUCCUCACUCUCUCCGCCCAAAUGACCGGAAACUUCAACUGCAGUGGCUCAACCUCGACGUGUCAAUCUCUCGUUGGUUACUCAAGCAAGAACGCAACAACGUUGCGCAAUAUCCAAACCCUUUUUGCCGUCAAGAACCUCCGCUCGAUCCUCGGAGCUAACAAUCUCCCACUCAACACCUCACGUGACCAACGCGUGAACCCGAAUCAAGUCGUACGUGUCCCAAUCCAUUGCUCUUGCUCCAAUGGAACCGGUGUCUCGAACCGGGACAUCGAAUACACCAUCAAGAAAGACGACAUACUCUCUUUCGUCGCAACUGAGAUUUUCGGUGGUCUCGUUACGUACGAGAAGAUCAGUGAGGUUAACAAAAUCCCUGACCCGAACAAAAUCGAAAUCGGUCAAAAGUUUUGGAUCCCUUUGCCUUGUAGCUGUGAUAAAUUGAACGGUGAGGAUGUUGUUCACUACGCACAUGUAGUCAAACUAGGGAGCUCUCUCGGUGAGAUCGCUGCUCAGUUUGGAACGGACAACACGACGUUGGCUCAGCUCAAUGGAAUCAUUGGUGACUCUCAGCUUCUUGCUGAUAAACCUCUCGACGUCCCUCUCAAAGCUUGUAGCUCUUCUGUGAGGAAGGACUCGUUGGAUGCUCCUCUGCUUCUGUCUAACAACUCAUACGUCUUCACUGCAAACAAUUGCGUCAAGUGUACUUGUGACGCUUUGAAGAAUUGGACUUUAAGCUGUCAAUCAUCAUCUGAGAUUAAGCCUUCGAACUGGCAAACCUGCCCACCAUUUUCACAAUGUGAUGGAGCUUUGCUUAACGCCUCUUGCAGACAACCUCGUGAUUGCGUCUAUGCUGGUUACUCCAACCAAACCAUCUUCACCACAGCUUCCCCAGCUUGUCCAGAUUCUGCUGGUCCUGAUAACUAUGCAUCAACGCUCAGCUCAAGCUUCAAUUUCGUGAUUGUGUUGAUUCAGUGUGCUCUGCUUUGUCUCUGCCUUCUCUAGUAAUGUUUUGUUGUGUGUUUAUGAGUGUGUAUCUAAGUACAGUUCGGAUUAAAAUAAAGACAUUGUUUCACCUGAAGCAUCACGUCCUUGUACCAUUUUUAUAUUGGAAACAUUUCAGCUUUUGACACAUUUUGUUACCAACUAAACAAUACAAAACUUUGACAUGAAGUU